AUGGGAUGCAUAAAGUCGAAGCGUGAUUACACUGUAAAGAACACCAUACAUUUGCAGGACAGCCACAAUAAUGACAAACAUGCAGGGGAAAAUAUUGCUUUGGUUGAAGCCACUGAAGAAGACAGUAAAGAUUUCCCCCCUGCCAAUCCAGUGCUCUUGGAAUACGCUGAACGCUUAUCAGAGGAAAUUGUAACUAAAGCUGUAAAGCAAUGGGCAGAAGUGGACAGGAAAUACAGUGACAUACCAUAUAUAGAAAGUGAUUUUCCCUAA